CACCGCACCGCACCGUAGGUAGGUAACUACUGCACCGCGGGCACUGCACCGCACUGCACACCUCCUCCACUCACUGGCCCUGGCUGCACACCGCACGCACCGCAGGGGCCUCAACGGCCGUUGGCACAACCCAUCCAAGCCAUCCAUCCACCCAUCCAUCCAUCCAUCCAUCGAAUCCAUCGCAUCAGCGCCCAGCUGGAUGGAGCAGCCCCUGCCUCCCCCCCCAUUUUCCCUCCGUGCCAACUUAUGCGACGCCGCCUCCGUCUCGCUCUGUCUUUCGUGACUCGCCGGCACCUGCGCUUGUUUUCUGCUUCUUGCCACGCAAGGGCAACCCAGUGUCGGAUUCACUGGGCAUUUAUCUACAAAUAAUAUCUACAGUGCCGCUGCUCUUCUCCGCUCCGCUUUGCUCUGUGAAGCUGUGCAGCACCCUCGGCAACCAUCAUCGUCCACUACCAAGAGGUAAUUACAGGCACUAACUACCUAUCUUACCUUACUUUUCUUAGUACUCGCCGUACCUUCCCUUAUUACGCGGCCCUGCUCACUCACACCUCGGGCUCCAGGUACGAAGUACGAAUAUACCUAGGUACUUUGGCUUGCCUUCCUUGCCUCGUCCCUGGACCUGCUUCCUUCCACCUGACAACAACAACAUCAUCAUCACCCCGGCCCAACCAAACCAACCCCAGCCUCGACGUCGCGUGCCUCGUCGCCGGCUUCUACUGGUCACCUCUGAUCCCGCCACACUUCCCUCUCGUGUCGUAUCUCAAGCCGGUCGUCCCGCCGCAUCACACCCGGCUCCGACGAGAGAGGUGUCCCCUCUAACUAUCACCACCGCUUUGCUCUCUCCUCUCGGCCGAGCUCCGGACUUGUUGGCUCCGCUCCGGCCAACACACCUCGCUUCCCUCACACGGGCAGACUCGCUCGUCUCUUUCCUGUCUGAGGAUCACUCAUCACUCGCGUUGCGAGGAGCUCACUCCGCGAGAGCCGCCCGUCACACGCACACGCACGCGCAUACGCACACGCAGGCCACUCCCCCCCUCUCCCUCCCUCAUGGGCGCAUCGUCGUCGUCCCUCUCACCCGCUGCGAGGUAGAUGGACGCCACGACAUCCGCAGCGGCAGCAGUAGCAGCAGCAACGUCGCCGACGCCGACGCCCGUGCCGAUGGAGGUGACGCAGCGCCCGCCCUCGCUCGUGCGCGUCGAGGUGGACACGGACGAGGCCGACUCGACGUACGGCAACGCCGCCCCCUCAGCGGCCAGCACCUCGCUCCGCAGCAGCAUCCUCCGUUUCGAGUGGAAGCACGGCCGCCGUUACCACUCGUAUCAGUCGGGCUCGUACCCGUUUCCCAACGACGAGCGCGAGCAGGACCGCCUCGACAUGAUGCAUCACGCCCUCUUUCGCCUCCUCGACGACCGCCUCUUCCUCGCCCCCAUCGACCCCAACGGCCUGCGUGUCCUCGACGUCGGAACUGGCACUGGCAUCUGGCCCAUCCACCUCGGCGAUCUUUGCCCCGGCGCCGAUGUGGUCGGAAACGACCUCAGCCCCAUCCAACCCACCUGGGUGCCUUCCAACGUCCGCUUCAUCAUCGACGACGCCGAGCUCGACUGGGCCCAGCCCGAGCGCUACGACUACGUCCACGUCCGCCACAUGGCCGCCUCCAUCCGCGACUGGCCCCGUCUCUUCCGCCAGAUCUUUGACAGCCUCAAGCCUGGCGGCUGGGUGGAGCUGCAUGAAAUCGACAACACCGUCUACUCCGAGGAUGGCACCCUGCGCCCCGACAACCCCCUCGUCGAGCUCAUGGACGGGCUCAAGGCAGCGUGCGACAAGAUCGGCCGGACCAUGGACCCGGCUCCUCACUUGGCCACCUGGGCACGCGACGCCGGCUUCGCGCGCGUCGACGAGCAGCGCUUCCAGCUGCCCGUGGGCACCUGGCCGAGAGACCCACGCCUCAAGGAAGUCGGCGCCUUCAUGGCCAUGAACUUUUACGACGGCGUCGAGGCCUUCACCGCGGUGCUGCUGCGUGACAUCCUGGGUUGGCCCGCCGAGGCGGUCGAGAUGGUCAACUGGAGGGUCAGAGCCGCCUCUCGGCGCAAGGACGUGCAUGCCAUGUUUGACGUGGUGGCGGUGACGGCGCAGAAGCCGGCUUGAAACAGCGUGGUGCAUUCGGUCAUGGGGAGCGGCGACGACAGUAGGUGGUAUUUUGAUCAAUGGUUUCACGAGCGCGGCGUUGUUGGUUCAUAUAUGUUUGCUUUUACUCCAUGUCAGGUCGGGCCAUGUAUGACAUGUUAGAUUUCCACAGCGGUGCAUGCCACGGGGCGCAGUGAGGAUUGCCGGGAGGGGGCGUCGAACCGAGCCCUGCGGCUUCUUAUUUAUUUAUUUAUUUUCUUUUUAUAGAGGUGAAUAAGACAGUUGAAG